AAUAAUAAAUGUCGGUUCUGUUCAGAUCGAAUCGGUUUGGUUCAACAAAACAAAUCAACACCCGAGUCCCUCCCCCCACCCAAACGCCUCCAUAAACCUCGUGUGCUUCAGAGGAUCUCGUCUUCUUCUCUCUUUCUAAUCGAAAAUGGGAACGUUGGGACGAGUAAUCUACACUGUGGGUAACUGGAUCCGCGGGUCUGGGCAAGCUCUAGAUCGCGUCGGUUCUCUUCUUCAAGGGAGCCACCGCUUGGAAGAACACCUAUCGAGGCAUCGGACGUUGAUGAGUGUGUUUGAUAAAUCACCAUUGGUGGAUAAGGACGUGUUCGUGGCUCCGAGUGCCUCUGUUAUUGGUGAUGUUCAGAUUGGGAAAGGCUCCUCUAUUUGGUAUGGCUGUGUUCUUCGAGGUGAUGUGAAUAACAUCAGUGUUGGAUCUGGGACCAACAUCCAAGACAAUUCUCUUGUACAUGUUGCAAAAACCAACUUAGCUGGGAAGGUUUUGCCUACUACAAUUGGGGACAAUGUCACAGUAGGUCAUAGUGCUGUCAUACAUGGUUGUACUGUUGAGGAUGAGGCUUUUGUUGGCAUGGGUGCUACACUACUCGAUGGUGUAGUGGUUGAGAAGCAUGCCAUGGUUGCUGCUGGUUCCCUUGUGAGAGAGAACACACGAAUCCCUUCUGGAGAGGUAUGGGGAGGAAACCCAGCAAAGUUCAUGAGAAAGUUAACAGAUGAAGAGAUAGCAUAUAUCUCAAAGUCGGCUGAGAACUACAUCAACCUCGCACAUAUUCACGCAGCAGAGAACUCAAAGUCAUUUGAAGAGAUCGAGAUUGAGAGAGCGCUUAGGAAGAAGUAUGCACGCAAGGAUGAGGAUUACGAUUCAAUGCUUGGGAUUGUCCGUGAAACUCCAGCGGAAUUGAUUCUCCCCGACAAUGUCUUACCGGAGAAAACUACCACCAGGGUUCCAACUACUCAUUACUGAUUCACCCGCCUCAGGUUGUUUUGCAGACAAAGAUUGAUUAAGUCAAGAGAGAUAUUAUCUUUUGGUUUUGCCCUUUUUUUCUUCCGAGUAAGCAUGGGAUUUGUUAUAUUCUUGCUCAAUAAAGCCGAAAAGAACAUGUACUGUUGCAUUAUGUCACAUUUGUUGGAUGAAUAAUUGCAUAAAGAAAAACGAUUUGCAUUCA